UCUCUCUUGCAUGGUACCCUGCCGUGCUCCGUAUCUCAAAACUCGUAUUCUUCUUCUUCGUCAACUUCUUCACUUCUUCACAAUGACGAAGGGGGGCGACUACGAGAUGAUUAAAACUGCAAAUGAGAAGCGCCCCAAGCCAGAUGCGAUGCUUCCGCCGAGGAGGGGAGCUAUCAAAGUCAGGAUCGUUAAGCUCCUGGCGGAGAAGCUGAAGCUUGUCUCUCUCUCUCUCUCAGUGCGUAUGUACCCCCCUCCAGUGGCGGAUGUCGGAGAGGCUGGCUGGGCUGCUUCCACCUUCCCCAAGCCGGAUGUGAUGCUUCCGCCGAGGAGGGGAGCUGUCAAAGUCAUGAUCGUUAAGCUCUUGGCGGAGAAGCUGAAGCUUGUCUCUCUCUCUCAGUGCGUAUGUCCCUCUCCAGUGGCGGAUCUCGGAGAGGCUGGCGGAGCUGCUUCCACCUCCACGUCCACCUCUGCAAUUUCCGCUAUUUCCAGAGCAAAUAAGGUUGGGAGAGAUGCAGAGCAGAGCAGUCCUUGAGUGAAACAGAGGAAGGAAGGAAGGAAGGGAGGGAGGGAGAGGAAUUGAUCUGCUUAUCAAAUAUAAUUGUGGUUAUUGACUGCUUAUCUAAUAUUAAUAUUGUUGCGUGCUCAUUAAUUAGCGUUUUCCUUUUUUCCCCCCUCAUAUAUAAAGUAUGUGAAUUAAUAUCAAGUUUGCUAUCAUCAGUGGUUUAUAUGAGACGUAAUGGAAAUUCAAUAUUGUC